AUGAUGGAGGCCCGCAGGAAAGCUGCCGCGGAUGCCGCCCAGAAGUUGCAGGAAGAGAAAGCGAGGUCGCUUGAGAUGCAGAAGCGCCAGCAGGAGAUGAUGAUGGAGAAACGCAAGCAGCAGGAGGCGUCUGCCAAGAUCACCGCCGUCGUCGCCAGGGUGAGGCAGGCCACGCCAGACAACUUAGAGGAGAUGCAGAAGCAGCUGGAGGAGGUCCAGAAGGAGCUCGAGAACUGCGGGCCUCAUCGAGAGAAGCUGCAGGCCGAGUGCGACAGUGCCCUUAAGCAGGCGAUCGAGCAGGUUGGCGGCGCGAAAGACAAGGUGAAGGAGACAGAGAACACCCUCGAGACGAUUGUCAAGCACGUGGGCUUCGCAGAGGUGCGGCUACAGUCGUUCCACAAGGACGUUGAGAACCUGCCUAUUGCAAGAGCUCUCAAGCUGGAAGAGGACCUCCAGAAAUACAUCCAGGACGCGAGGACUAAGAUCGGAGUUAUUCAGAAACAGAUCGCAACGCUCACCGAGGGAGUUCCCGAGAGGCUCCACCUUUUCAUCAGCAACAGCGCUGCAGACAUGUCAACAAAAGCCGAGACAUUGGAACCGCGCCUGAAGGCGGCCGAGGAGCCGGCACAGAAGGCCAGGGACGCCGUGGCCGACCUGGUUGCCCAGCUCGAGGACGAGGUCUCUGGCUUGAUCAAGUACCACCAGCGGAUCAAGAGGCUAGACAACGAUUCGUUGUUCGCCGAAGUGGACACUAAGAAGGACAAUAAGGUGGACAAGGCCGAGUUCUGCAAGUUCUUCUCCUGCUGCGAGAAAGAUCCCGUGGUGGCGAACGCGGGCAGCGGGAACGACGCGAGCGGGAAGAAGAGGGCGCUGACGAAGUGGCCUGGGGAGGAGGAGCUCGAUGUGGUCUUCAAGCGCAUCGAGCAAGACGCGGAGGGCUACAUUAGCAGAUCAAUUUUCCUUAAGUUUCUCGCCGAGUACAUGAAGGUCGUGAAGGCCACCGCCAUCACUUCCGAGAUGGGCAUGAAGGGGCAGACCCUCCGGCGGGUGCUGCCAGGAGAGGCGGUCGAGGUGCUGGAGGGCCCUGUUCGCGACGACCUGGUGCAGACCUUGCGCAUCCGGGCGAGGACGCUCACGGACUCGCUUGAGGGCUGGGUCACAAUCGAGUCGAACACAGGUUCGGCGUUCUUAGUUGAGGGCGGCAAGGUGUUCAAGUUCAAGGUCGGCGAGAAGGGAACGAUGUUCACCGACGACUUCAAAUAUAAGAUUAGAGUAUCGAAUCGAAAACUCAAAGAAGGCGAGGUAAUGGAAUCCCGGGAUUGCGCCCAGAAGGACGAGCUGUCUGGGCUUAUGAGGAUGAAGGUGACGUUGAAGUCUAAUGGCAAGCAAGGCUGGGUCACCGUGGUUGGGAACCAGAACCAGGUCUUCGUCCAUCCCACCCUGUGA